AUGAGUUUUAACAGACUCCUUUCUGUAAAACUGAAUGAUGGAAACUUCAUGCCUAUUCUGGGGUUUGGCACUUCCGCUGCUAGGAAGGUUGCUAUGAGUAAUGUAGAAGAAGCCGUCCAGGUAGCAACUGAUGUAGGCUACCGCCAUAUUGACUCAGCUUAUUCGUACCUGAAUGAAGAAGCCAUCAGGCAGGCCAUCCGAAAGAAGAUUGCCAACGGCACUGUGAAGAGAAAAGAUAUAUUCUAUACCACAAAGGUGCUGUGUAUGGGCACCUCUUCCCACACAGAAUUGGUCCAAAGAGGCCUUGAAAUGUCACCGAAGAAACUUCAGCUGAGCUACAUGGAUCUUUACCUUUCUCAUUUCCCAGUACCUUUGCAGCCUGGGGAGGAGCUUUUGCUGAUGGAUGCACAGGGAAAGAUCAUGUUUGACACAGUGGAUCUCUGCAGCACAUGGGAGGCCCUGGAGAAGUAUAAGGAUGCAGGAUUGGCCAAGUCCAUCGGGGUGUCCAACUUCAACCGCAGGCAGCUGGAAAUGAUCCUCAACAAGCCAGGGCUCGAGCACAAGCCCGUCUGCAACCAGGUGGAAUGUCACCCUUACCUCAACCAAAGCAAACUCCUGGAGUACUGUAAGUCCAAGGACGUUGUCAUGACUGCAUAUUCUGCCUUGGGGUCUGACUCAGACAAAGACUGGGUGAAAAAAGGCAACCCAGUUCUCCAGGAGGAUCCAAUACUCAAUGCCAUUGCUGAAAAGCACAGGCGAACUCCAACCCAGGUUGCCUUGCGCUACCAGCUGCAGCGCGGGGUGGUGGUCCUGGUGAGGAGCUUCAAUGAGAAGAGAAUCAAAGAAAACUUCCAGGUUUCUGACUUCCAGCUGACACCAGCGGACAUGAAAACCAUAGAUGGCUUGAACAAGAAUAUACGCUAUUUGUAAAUGUCUAUGUGAGUAGCUUGUUUCGUUGUUGACACUAGCGAGCAGGACAGUGGGGGAAUUCAGUUGAUUUCAGUCCACAGAAGGCAGGGUUUGUUGCUUAGGAAAGUUGUUGGAAAAUAUUUUUUCUUCAGACUUCAGAUCAGACAUUUUUUUUUUUCUCCAAGCCUCACAGUUCUGCCCAGACAAGAGUGUGAGCAGAACUCAAUAUAGACUGAAGCUCCCCGUUGGGCUUUCCUAGCUCCACACUGCCUCUGUGUGUCCCUCAUCAGUAGGCUUCCCUCCAAUCUACAUGCUAAUAAUUCCAUGGUUUCUAUCUCUAACCUAGACAUUUUUCUUGGUCUCUUGUAGCCCACUGAUUUUCUUUUAAAUUAAAAUUCCCUAGAGAUAGUUCUAUUUAUUCCCACAGUUCAAACUUAAUACACUUAAAAUGAAAGCCUUCAAUGUUUUCUCUAUAUAUACUCUUUAUGGUAAUACUACACACAUCACCAUUAUGGCACAAACUUACCCCCUACAUCUAAAUAACCACCUAGUCCUGUUGACUCUAUAUUUCAACAUUUCUCAUGUUGAUUCUAAAUUUCAACAUUUCUCAUGUUUCCCUAAUUUCCAUCACAAAGCCCACCCCCUCUGAUUCAGGUUUUGAACCUGAAUCGGCUCUCUUGCAAGGCUGGCCACAGGGGUGGAUCUUCAGCUGUGGUUUCUGAACAAUGUUCAGAACUUUGCUCAGGUCUGGGGGGGUUUUCAAUAGUAAAGAGUAAGCAGGUUCGGAAAAUCAAGAAGAAAAAAGGGAACAGGCUGAGUAUCAAGCAAAUGGAGGUGAUAAUGAAAAUCCAAUGGCAGGAAAAAAGUUAUUUCCAAAGAUAGACUUUUAAUGACCCUUCAAACUUUUAGACUCUAUGAUUUUCAGAAGGCUGUAGAGAAAAAUCUGUGAGCUAUUUUUUUUCUGUUCAGUGACAUUUAGUACAUAUAUGUAUGUAAACAUCUCCAAACACGGGAAGAGCAAGCAAUCCAGUAGCUCCUGGACAGACUCCCAUCCUCCCCUGCCAACCAGCCCCUUAACUCCCUUGAGGCUAUCAUGGUCUUUGUCACUGUUAGUUCAGUCACUACAGGAGCCUAAAAUUCCUGGUUCCCAAAUAGCUCUGUGUACACCACCUCAACAUUUUUUCACUAUGCUUUCUGAAACUCCUACUAAACCACUGACAAAACUGUUUUAUCUUUGUUGUCUCCCCUAAAUGUUCUUUUCACCUUUCCCAAUAGCUGAAACCCUAUUUCUCUUGGUAGCACUGAUUCCCGUCAGCCCUCUCCAGUUGGGGCUGUUAUCCUUCCCAAGACCUUAGUAGUGCUAAGCCUGAAUAUUGAGUAGGAACUCUCUUUCUAAAAGCAUUCAGCUCUGGACUUUGUGUCAUCAGACGAACCCAGGACUACCCCUGUCCUUUGCAGUCAUCAGGGCUGCAUUCCCAGGUCUUCUCUCAUCCACCGAAGAUUUUAGUUCCUAGUGUUCAUCCUCUCCAACAGUAGACUUGUCAUAAUUUCUUUUGAUUUCAACACUACAGAGAUAGUCCUUGUAAUAAGUCUGAUCUUUCAGUUUUGUGACUUUCCUCUUCCAAUGUGUUUAUCCUUCAGUCUAACUCAGCCUAUCAAUCUAAUGGUCUCAUUCUAGACCUUGUCAUUAUGAGUUACUAUAACCAUGCCUGGAUGUCAAUUUUAAAUUCUUACACUACAGUCAUCACCUCCUACAUGUCCCGCUCCUUCUCUACAUGGCCAACUUCAACAAUCCUUUGAUUACCGCAUGAGCUAUAAUUCACUGACCGUACCACAUUUUCACUGUUACUUGACCCUCUAAUGUGCCCUCUGUCCUUCUUUGCCUACUUAAAUUCUGGGGUCAAUCAAUAUACUAACAUCCUUGCAAAUACCCUCAACCCUUGCCAUUUCUUCUAAUGUUCUUUGCUGGUUUCUCCUCAUUAGCUUGACCGCUCAGUUUUGGAAUGACUUAGAGCUCAACCUAGACCUCUUCUCCUUUCUCUAUCUACUUUAACAUUGUUAUUGAUUUCAUCUAGUCUCAUGCUUCAAAUAUCAUCUAAGUAUAGAUUCCCCAAAUCAUAUCCAGCCCAGUUCAAGGCUCUGGAGCAAGGUUUGUAUAUGUGUCUACUUGCCUCUACUUGGAUAUCUACUAUGCAUCUCCAACUUAUCAUGUCUGCAAUUGGGCUCAUAAUGGUAUCUGCAAUCCCUUCCCCAAUACACACAGACACACACACACACACACACACACCCUACGCUCAUACCAAUGUCUUUAUGAUAAAGUAACUGGCUCCUGGUAGUGCUCCCUCUUCUGUACUUCAGCCUCAGGCAUAGUAGCCACAGUGAACAGGUUAAAAAGGGUGUACACAGGAACUCCUCAAUAUGUGGGAGCCUGCCAUCUCACUCAGAGUUGAGACCAAAUUCCUUACACAGACCUACAAGGGCCAAUAGACACUCCCUCCCUUAACUCUCUGUGUCCCUGUCCUGCUAUUCUCCCCACUCUUGACUCCAAUGGAGCACCAGUGACCUUCAUGCUGUUCCUGACUGUAUUAGUCCAUUUUCACACUGCAAUAAAGACAUACUCAAGACUGGGCAAUUUACAAAAGACGGAGAGGUUUAAUGGACUUACAGUUCCAAGUGUCUGGGGAAG